CUUUAAAUGUAUUGGGAUUGUGUGCACGCUUCCAUUGUUUACAUUACGCAAACGUGUUUGGAGUUGUGAUCAAUGUACUUGUGUGUAUAUCAUCAGCGGCCACACACAUGUAAACAACCGAUGGAUUGAAAAAUUGUACCACUGGAUAUCGUUACCUGUGUACAUUGACCACAUUCUAUACAACGAAGGAUUGAUGGCCGACAUUUCUGAUCAGUGUCCAGUUGCUACUCAUCCUCGGUAUACGCUGGUGCUUGUACGACACGGAGAAAGCGAAUAUAACAGGGAAAACAGGGUAACCGGCUGGGCUGAUGCCGACCUGACAGAUCGGGGGGCUGAGCAGGCCAGGUGUGUCGGACAGAUACUCAAGAAAAAUGGCCUCAUGUUUGACCUGGCGUUUACAAGCUUCCUGAAGAGGGCGAUCAAGACUCUUUAUUGGAUACAGGACGAAUUGGACCUACAUUGGAUCCCGGUCCACAAACACUGGCGGGUCAACGAACGCCACCAGGGGGCGUACGAGGGAAACGAAAUGAACAGCACCAACAAACACAAAAAAGAGGCCUGGACGUUUGAAUAUUGUCCACCAGAGUUGGAGGAGUCGGACGACAGAUGGCGGAGACUGGUGGACGAUCCCAAAUACAAGAUGCUGUCCCCGAGUGUUUUACCUAAGGCUGAAUCGUCCAAAAUGGCGCUAGAGAGAUUCCUCCACUACUGGCAUAGUAACAUUGUACCGGAAAUUAAGGCUGGAAAGAAGGUUAUUAUUGUUGCUCACUCGAACACUAUGAAGAAUUUCCACAAAUUCCUCCGUAAAUUGAAGGAACAAGAUGUCAGUGAUUUGAGGAAGAUUGAACAAGGCAAACCUCUGCUUUACGAACUGGACCACAAUUUCGACACUAUAGGAUGGAGAUAUCUAGAAUAAAAAAAUCGCCUUAUCGACAGUCUAAAUGUCAAUACGUUACAGGAAGGAAGGAAGGAAUGAAACUCCUUGAGAUAUGAUAGACCAUUCCGUAAAUUGGAGUCACUUAAAGAAUAAAAACGAACGAAUAAAAUGUUAUUUCCUCCAUCACCAAAACCUGGCUCGUCCUUAAAGGGGCUAUUUAGUCAAGUGACAGCGUGAAUAAAGCGAGAAGUUACCUUCUCUGUCGACUGGAAAGACAUUUUUGUUAGCUAGAAAUUCCCCGACAGCUGCCGCUAAAACGUAUGGCUAUACAGUUAAGGAUUUCUC